CUAAUUACUUUCAUGAAGGUGGUCCCACUCGCGAACUGAGUUCGACGACGCCGACAGCUGCGACGAACUGCUAGUAGUAGUUCUCAUCAAUCGUUUGAAGACGACGCUCAACAAGGUUCCGAAGAGUGGUGGACUCGGACGUCAAGAAGAUUCAUUCAUUUCAGGUGAUCCGUCAUGGCCGAGGAUCAACUUGGAAUCGAGUCUGCACCUACUCCCUCCAUCAAGAGCUUAAAGAGCAGAUUCGAACAGCUUGCUCAGGAUAACACAGCUAGCAAGCCACUCAAAUUAAACAACCCAAUUAUUACUACAUCCCCUCGCCGGCAGUGUAGGGAUUCGGACUCUCGCGUACAACAACGUGAGCUGCGCAACGUUUUGCCCAACUCUGAUGUGAGUCCAGGCCAAAAGCGUGCACCACCACCGCCUCCCCCUUCCCGCUCAGCCAAAAAACCACUUCAAUCACCUGCUGCGUCCCCAUUGUUGAGACCUGUACCUGUACCACCUGCUCUCAGAUCACCACGCGCAAGUCCAGAACACUUGUUAGUGUCUGGCCAGGACAACACGUACGAUGACGAUACUCCUCGUGGCGGUGGAGUGGCAUCAUUGAGAGAACGUUUCACGACCGCAGCUGCUACUCCACAUCGAGCUACAAUAAAACCGGCUCCACGGCUUUCCCUUUUACUGACUCAAAGCGAACCAAACGUCCUCGACUCCACCCCUCCACUCCUGCACCGACCUGCUUUAUUAUCCCCUCAGUCAGUCUUAAGCCCGGAAGACACUCCGUCUGACGAAUAUUUUGACGCGCCCGAAUCACCCCGCAUGACUGGUGUCGCCUCUCUUAGAAAUCGUUUCUCAACCUAACAUUCUUGCACCUAGUCCACCAACGACUGGGACCCUCCGCCGUCCUCCACCACCACCGCCCCAUCGCUCUGCUCUCUUUGACAACGGCGAUGAUUUAUUUGAUAAUACCAGCUCCAACUCAUCAAGACACAGUCCCUUCUCUGAUGACGAAUGCGACACUUCUGAGAUAUCACUGCCACCGGCAAUAACCUUUCGUGGAAGCCGUUCCCGCGGACACUCAGACAGCAUCAGCAGU